CCUAUCGCCCGAUCGAGCCCUCGAGCGAGGUCUCCCUUCGCCGCCGCCGCUCCACCCAGAGCCGCCCUCUUCCCCGCUGGCGCCGCCCUCUUCCCUCCCACCCCGAGCUGCCGUCUUCCCCGCCCACGCCGCUCUCUUCCCCGCCGGCGCUGCCCUCCACUCACCUUCUGUUCUUCAAGCGGGGACGCCCCAGAUCGAGUCGAGCAAGUCAGCGGGGCAGCGGCCAGAUCCGCCACGGCCACAUCUCGUCGAGAUGGGCUGCGCCGGGAGAGGUAGAUCGAGGCAGCGGGCAACGUGUGCGUCUAGUCCCUUGGGACGCCUCCGACCCGAUCCGGCGAGGAGGCAGCCUCCGUGUGCGGCAAUGAGGGUGGCGGCCGGCUGCGCGAAAGGUCGAUCUGAUUGUGCCUCGUCACACCCCUUCCCUGGGCCGCACUUUCUUUGCCUGUUAAGCAAUUGAUAUACAUAGUGGAGCAAGAAGUAACACCAUGGAAGGGGAGAAAUACAGUACAGGCACUACGUAUUUUAAAUUUUGCAUGUGGGCUCAGGCGUGGCAGCGUCAGCGGCCUCCGACGCUCCUCGGCUCAGCCGCCGCCGACCUACCAUGCCCAAAAUCCUCGCGAGCAGUGUCACUUCUUCCCCUCACCGUGUUCCUUUUUUUAUUCAGAUUGUGCAACGUCAAUGGUCUCUACCCUGAAGAGUCAAGAUUACAUUGUUACUGACUUGCAAGGCUCUAUUAUGUUUCGAGAAGAAGAUAAAACCAAUGAGUUCACUAAGCAAGAUUUGCAGGUGCAAUGGAUUGAUUGAUUGAUGAAUCAAUCACAGCUGCUAGAAGAAGAAAGAAUCAGGCGUGCAUCAUGGAUGAUGGAUCUUGGAGUGCGGGGUGAGAACAAAGGUGAUUUAUUGGAGUGAUAUAAGCAAACUCAGGCACGUUUCCUUUCCUCACAUUUUGAAGAUCCAAGCAGAAUGGAUCUAUUAUUAGUAGCAUCGUCACCUUCAAAUCCAAUGUUUUUUGAGGCCACUCCUGUGUUUGUCUCUUUCAAACUAAUCUGGUUUUAACAGUAGAUCAUUACUAUUUUACCUACUUGAUUCUUAAUGCUUGUAUUUCUUAAAUUUUCCUAGGAGAAUGGGAAUUACAUCUAGAGCUACAGUUUGUGAUGGCAAGUAAUUUUACUUGGCAAUUGCCAUGCUCCAGCAUAAAUCAUGUUCUGUUGCAGCACCUGGCAUUUAGGUACCUUUGAUUCAUGGAUGUACGAUAGGCCUGAAGCUUGAGCAGUUCAUAUUCGACAUAUCCAUUUAAUCCCUGUCCAUGACACUUUUUGAGGUGCUACACAAAGGGGAAUUUGCGCCAGUGAAGAACGCGAAUGGCACAACGUAUGACACCUGAUGCUACUCCAACUGCAUAGCGGAUGGGUAAUUUCUCACCAUUUCCUGUACCCAGAAACUUGUAGAAUUAAAUUACAAGUCAGGCCUUUCAACAUAGAACUUUUAUGAUCAUCUUUCUCAUGAUCCCUUUCCCUCAUAAGCUUCGAGGUUUCUCCUCUCAGCUCCUAUGCCGGAGAAAGCCUUGAGACGAUUUUUCACGGACGAGGAUUCCGCAUUCCCGGUGAGAUUUCGCUAUAGGCGCAUCAUGUCAUGGCAGCAGCAACAUCAAAUGGGAGAUGCAAUGUUGCAAGGCCGAAACCUUGGGAUACAUUGGGUUUCGACUUACAUGUUACAGGAUGUGCGUAGACGUAAGUUUGACUUUCAGAUAAUACAUGCCAAACACUUUUAAAGUUGUGUCGUGCAUGACAGUGGAAACAUCUGUGUAUUGCACAGGAUCCUACAGAGCAGAUGGACACAUGUAUGUGUGGAGACUCUGAAAAGAUGAACACAUGUAUGUGUCCGGUUAUUCUGAAGCUAUUUAAUAUAUUAGUUGUGUCAAGAGGUCAAGUACAGGUCCCUCAUGUCAAGUCUAUAAGUUUCACUCGAAAGAAUAAAAUGCUCUCAAGGGUCGUACUGAAAAAAGAACUACAUUAGCAAGUUGAUUCAAUAAUCCAUCCUCUGUUUUGCACCUCGUUUGUUAGUUAUUUAGUUAUGGCCAGGGUGGGAGUAUUGAUCACUAAAAAAAACUUGACAAAGUUUUGGGUGAAGGAACAAAUUGGCAGUAAUCAGUGCGAUCCUACCGGCAGUGGUUUGCGAGUAUACAUGGAUAGGAAAUGAGAUGAUAUCAAAUCUCAUGAUUCCAUCUCGUCCCGGUCCCGGGCGGACGGGGUGUCAGGGUGAGUGGUUUGUUUGUUCGACCCUCAUUCUGUGGUGCCCAUGAAAUAUGCAACACAUGUACCAUGAAGGGGGUUAUUUAGUGUGACAACUCAUACUUGUUGUCCUAAGGGAUGCUUUAUAAAAGCUUUGUACCAAAUUUACUGAAUUAGAAAUAACAGUUGAUAGAGCUGGUAUGUUAAUCUCAUAGCCCUGACCUUGAACAUUUUCUUCUUUUGUCCUGUAUAUGCACACUUACCUUCCUGCAACUGUAUGUACAUCCUCUGUAAGGAAAUAUAGGAGCAUUUAGAAUACUAAAGUAGUGAUCUAAAUGCUCUAAUAUUUCUUAUUAACUAGCCAAUUGCUUUCAUUUAAUUAUCAUUAUUCUGGAACAUGUUGCUCACGUGAUAUUAAACAUUUUAAUUAGAAUAAGCUAUCCAAGAAGGUUUUAUUAGGAAAAUUUAGUUUAUGUGACUUUUUUUAUUUGAACAAGCUACGCAUCUCCAUUUUUUCAUUUUUAGUUGUUUAUUUGUAUAGUUGAAACAUUAGUUUGAUGUGAGUUUCAGCUACCUGCUUGUUAUUGAAACUGCAAGAACUUGCUAGCUUUUGUCAAAAGAAAUGGAAUGUGAUGGAAGUAAAAGAAGAUAAGGUGUUUUUGUUGAUCCUUGUGUCUGAUUUUAGGGUGUGUGCGUGUGCCUAAUCACUGUAAAUAGUAAAUACGGGAGCAACUAGUAUAGAAUCUGAGGCUAUGGUGCAAAAAUAGAAAAAACGGAUCUGUACCAUUGGAUGGAAGAUUUGUGGCCCAGAUUCAGGUGGGGCGUUGUGCGCGCAAAAUUUGCAAAAAAGACCGUCCACAACAGCUAAUUUGGUCCCGAUGCCCCUACUCGUUCAUACCCAAAUCCCCUGGGCAGAGGUAGCGCACGAACAGAUUUUUCCCCAGGGCGGCGGCGGCGACCCAGAUCCCUUUUGCAAGCUAGACAAGUACUCCCUCCUCCAGAUCUCCUGAUGGCUCCUUGCCGUUGUGUGGCUGGCGGCCCCGUUUGAGACGGACCAGAUCGGAGCUCGUCAGCCCCCAACCUCCGUUCCGCACUGUCCUCGUCGCAACCUCCGUUCUGAAGGUCCGAUAGUUAUAGGUUCGUCACCUCCUCUCCCUCUCUCUCUAAGGCUCCAGUAAUAGAUCGCAUCCUCCUCCCCCACGUCGGCGGCAAGUCGGUUGUGGUCUCCUCAGCUCCUUCCCGAUCGGCAGUGCGAGGAGGUGCUUCAUUUUUGUAGAUCCAGUAAUGGAGGGGAGUAGCACGAUGUCGCCUUUAGGAGAGCCCGUGGGUGCAAAGAUCGCAGCAUGUGCACCAGCACUAUCAGCUGUGGAAUCGGUAAACAGCGUUCAAAAUCAAGAUUUCAGCGAUGCUACCUCGUUCCCAGAGAUCAAUUCCCCCAUGCUUCUCAUUGAUGAUUUCAGUACUCCAAAAAAGAAACAAUCAUUUUCUCAAGAGGGUUCUUUGUAUAAGCCAUAGUGUGAUGAGGAAUUGAAGCCAAAAGUAGGGAUGAUAUUUGAUGACAUUGGCUCGGUGAUGGAAUUUUACAAAACAUAUGCACACAAUGUCGGCUUUGGUGUACGUCUUGGGCAGCAAAAAGUCGUGGAUAAUGUGCUUCAGUGGAAGCGCUUCUUGUGUGCAAAAGAAGGCUUUCGGACCAAGAAAGGUAUGAUUGCUAUUGACCCUGCUAAGAAAAGGAGAAAGGUGAAAUUGACAAGAUGUGGAUGUGAAGCUUAUAUCUAUGUCACUCGUGAAAGUGAUGGAAAAUAUAGGAUCGCCUCACUCACUGAAUAUCACAAUCACCCUUUUGUGCCUCCUAGCCAACAACAUUUGAUUAGAUCUAAUCGUCAAGUUAGUGAGAGGGUGAAGACAACACUUUAUGACUGCCAGAGAGCUAGCAUUGGCACCGCUUUAGCAUAUAGGUUCCUUCAUGUUGAUGCAGGUGGUUUUGAGCAUGUUGGGUGCACAAAGAAGGACCUACAGAAUCACUAUGGUGUACUGAAAAACAAAAUUAAAAAUUGUGAUGCUCAAAUGCUAGUGGACCAAUUUGGUAGAUUGAAGGCCUUGAAUCCUGCUUUUUUCUAUGAGUACGAAGUUGACGACGUUGGUACAUUGGUCCGUUUGUUUUGGGCAGAUGCAUCUAGUAGGAAAAUUUAUGGUCAUUUCAAUGAUGUGGUAUCUUUUGAUUCGACUUACAACACUAACCAAUAUGAAUACAUCUUUGCACCCUUCACUGGAGUUAACCAUCAUAUGCAAAGUGUAUUUUUUGGGGCGGGGUUUCUACUACAUGAGACAACAGACUCGUAUGCUUGGUUGUUCACGGCGUUUCUUAGAGCAAUGGGUGGGAUUGCACCCAGGCUGAUAAUAACUGAUGAGUGUCUUAGGAUGAAGAAUGCUAUUGGUAAAAUUCUACGAAACACUGCACAUCGAUUGUGUAUGUGGCACAUUAUGGAGAAGGUUCCUGGAAAGGUACAUCCUGAAUUGAAGAAUGAUCUUGCAUUCUAUGAUAGGCUGAAACAUUGUGUGUGGAAUUCUGAAACACCAGCUGAGUUUGAGGAUAGAUGGAAGUCUUUCAUCACAGAGUUUAAGUUGGAGGACCAUGAGUGGUUUGCUAAAAAGUACAUGCUUCGUGCGACAUGGAUACCAGCUUAUUUCAUGAACAUUCCACUAGCUGGUCUUCUUAGGACAACUUCGAUAUCAGAGAGUGCAAACUCGUUUUUUAAGCGCUUCAUCUGUCGCAGGCUCACAUUUGUUGAAUUUUGGCUAAGGUUUGACACUGCUUUGAAAUGUCAGAGGCAGAAUGAGUUGAUUGCUGAUAACACAAGCCAAUACACAACAACUGAAUUGUUAACAUCAUGGGAUAUAGAGAGACAAGCUAGGGCCUUAUUCACACAUGAGAUCUUUGAAUUGUUCCAGGCUCAGGUGCUUGCUGCGAGAGAUGAAUGUGAUGUUCAGGAGAUGGCAAAUGGCGAGGGGAUUAAAAUCAUCUCUAUUAGCGAUCAAUAUAAGAAGAUUAGAGAAGUUUGUUAUGACACAAAAACCAUGACUGCUAAAUGUAAUUGUAAGCUUUUCAAGUCAACAGGAAUUAUAUGCCGCCAUAUUAUCCGAGUAUUGAGGGGUGCCAAGAUAAAUGAAUUACCGAGCUCAUGUGUUCUUAAGCGGUGGCAGAAAAAUUGCAAAAGGGACAUUGUAUUGGAUGGGGAAGGAAAUGUGCUUGAAGAGAAGUUCAUUGACCAAGUAGACAUGGCCGUGAAAAGGAAGAUAGCUGCUGUCAGGAACAAGCUAGAAGAUCUUAUACAGAAUGCUAAAGGGUCCAUGGAAGGAAUUGAAUUGCUCCACACUAGUUUGUGCAAUGUUGAGUUGGAUUUAGCCCAGCUCGUACCGGACGUAGCAUGUAGCACACAAGAAAAUCAGGAGUCGUUUAUUGGGAGCGCCAUUCCAAAGCAUGUUACCAUCCUCACACCUACUGAUGUCAAUGGAAGGGGCACAUGCUCUAGAAUAAAGGGACACAGGGAUGGUGUGAAGAGUGGAUCUGGUGAGAAGAGCAGAAGGCCUGGAAUCCAUCAAAAAGUCGCGCGCAAAUGCAACAUUUGUAAGGAACUGGUGUUCCAUGAUGCAGGAACAUGCUCCAAGAAACAAACGGCACAACAGUAGAGCUAGGUAGAUUGAACUGAUAAAUGUAUAAGAGUCCAUGGAGGUUGUCAUCUCUCACAGCAGAUGAAGCUUGAUUACUAGGAAGCACUAAAACAGGAGGCAAAAUGAUAGAUCUUUCUCUCAUGUACUAUCAAGAUGCAUGUUGGGCAGUGAUAAUUUCAGUCCUUAACAUUUCGUCCUGCCGGCCAUGUACUAAAAAUGAUCUAUGUAUGCCUCUUGUGUUAUGUUCCCAUGUACUCAAAUACUAAUUUCGGUCCUUAAGUUGCUCAUGCAUUCGGAUACUUCCCAUUUUGACAUGUAUAUGUACUUCUGCUUGAUCUGGGAUGGCUUAAUGUGCUGAAAUAUUUGUGAUACAAAUUGAUGCUUUUUAGUAA